CGUCGGAAUGCUUGCGGGACAACGCUCGGCUACCAAUGACGGAGUUCAAGAUGCCACUCCAUGUGCUGCGUUGCCACCAGAUCCGGGCAUCGCGGAACAUGCGACUGCGUCGUCAUCUUCGCGUUCUGACCUUUGUUACCAGACUGAAAGCGGCACAACACACUGGUCAGCCAUGCUAGAUGAUAUACAAGCGCUCAGGUCUACACUAGAUUCUUUCGAGGACAAUUCUACAGAUGCUGAAGACGUCAGCGCUCCUCAAUUAGAAGCCGGGAUGGGCAUAGGUGUCAUGUUUGGUGCCGGUCUCUCGCAAGCUCUGAGUAUCGAACAAGUACUUAACACUCAUCUUCCCUCGCGAAGGGAUACCGACCGCCUGGUCUCUGCAUACUUCCGAGUUCGGCUGUACAUCACGCCGUUCAUACACGCAGUGCAAUUUCGGAGGCAGUAUGAGACUUUUUGGAAUGACCCUGCUGCAGCAUCACCCCUCUGGAUCUCGAUACUCUUUUCAAUGCUGUUCAUGGCCGCCAAUAUUUCCCGGACCAGUAGAGAAAACGAGGUACCAGGGCAUGGAUUUACAAUUGCUGCUGCCCAGUGUCUUGCUUUGGGCAAGUAUUUCCGUCCCAAGCCCUUCUGCUUUGAAGCACUCCUGCUUUACCUUCAAUCACGUUUCGUCACUUGUCUAGAAAUCUCUCCAGACAUGGGUUCUCUUCUCAGCAUGCUUGCCCAUAUAGCCACGGUUUCAGGCUAUCACAGAGAGCGCAGCGUCCCAAGCUUGAGUCCCUUCGCAGCAGAAAUGCGACGUAGGGCAUGGAGUAUGUUCUUACAGCUUGAUCUUCUGGUAUCAUUCCACCUGGGUGUUCCGAGUAGAAUCGUCUUAUCAGUCUCAAACACACAGGCUCCAAGCAAUCUCCUCGACUCCGACUUUGACGAAGAUAGCACUCAACUUCCUGCCUCACGGCCCAAUACCGAGGUGACUGGUGUGACAUUUUGCAUCCUGAAGCACGGAUUUAUGACAAUAUUCGACAAGAUCUUUCAACAUGUGCUGAUGGAUCGUUUACACGAAGCAAAGGAUAGUGAAAUCGACGCUUUAGACACCGAACUGAAAGGUUUAUACAAAGCCCUACCGGAAUUAUAUCAGCCUCGGCCAAUCGAAAAUUGUAUAAUCGAUCAUCCCCAACUUAUUGUCGCUCGUCUUUGUAUCUCUUUUGUAUACUACAAAUGUCUCUGUGUUCUUCAUCGUCCACAUGUGACCAGACAUAGAGACAAGAGCGUCCGAGAAUGCUAUGCCGCGUCAUCUGCCUUGGUAUCUGAUCUCCUGCGUGUUUAUGAGGAGUGUAAGCCUGGAGGUCAGCUGGAUACCGAGGAAUGGCUUAUGAAGAGCAUCACUUGGCAUGACUUCCUACUCGGUGUAACUACACUAUGUCUUGUGGCUUAUGCAACAAACCAGGCAACGGAUGGAUUCCAUAUCGACGAGCCGGGAACAAAGCUUCUUUUAGAGAGAGCCAGAACAGUGAUCCAAAUGGAACAAUCGGAAGAUGGAGCAAGAGCACGAUCUAGAGUUUUAUCAAUAGUGGAAGCCACUGUUAUUCAUUUGGAGGAGCAACAAAGUGGCGAGCGCAUGCAGUUACUGCCUGAUAUGAAUACGUUACAACCGAUAAACGCCAUGAGACCAUCCUCAAAUGACAGAGAGGGAUCGAGCUGGAAAUGGAGUGAGACCCAGCUAUUAAACCAAACCAACUGGGACUAUCUCGACGAACUGUUCGAUACCUCUCAUCAUUGAAUGUUGGCUAGAUCAAAAACCAAGGUUUAGGGGACAUAUUCCACUAAAGCUCCAGAAAUGAACUUGUUA